CACCAGUCACUGUUCAGCCGCUGUAGGGGAAGGUAGUGCGCGCCGCUUCUCUGGGACCGGGUACACGAGGUGCUUUCCCAUCCUGCGACGCUCGAGCAGCAGGAGGGUUGGACCGCGCCGGUGUGAGUGCCAUCCCGCAGGUUGAGUGCGCCGGUGAAGGGCGUAAGUGCGCGUGUGUAAGGCGCGGCGCUGAAGCGAGGGCGGUGCCAUACCUGUCCUGAGGCUCCCAGAGAACCUGUGUGGCGUAGGUCAGGCGUGCCGGCGGGGCUGCAGGCGCCGCGGCCCGCCACCACCACCCGUUCCGCCAGUAAUCUGAGCCGCCACGAGCCCCGUCCGGGCGUGCAGGGGCCUCCGGGCUGCCUGCGUCAGGAGGGCUGCCGCCACCCAACCAAACUGCCGACACGGGUAGUACACGCCGCCGUUCACGGUUCCAGCCAGGGCGGGAGAUGAUGGGCGUGGGUGGGGCAUGACCCAAGGGCGGCACCCACCCCGGGGGCCGCGGGAGGCACCCUCGCUCACCCUCCUUCUCUUCCUCUUCAUUGCUGUCACCGCCGUUACCUCAGACACCACCCAGGGAGAUGGCUGGUGCUGUAGCCUCGCCCCCCAGCCCUGCCGCGCCGCCUGCUACAGGGUACCGGUGUGGGGUCUGGGGGGGCGGGACGCGGACCACCACCUGACUCACCUCUCCUCCACCUGCCCGUACACCUUGGUCAAGUUUUGGGGCUGUCUGAACCACACGAUGACAGAGGUGACGGAGGGCGCUGGAUGGUGGGGGCGCCCGUGUUGCAAGCUCGCCGUGGCUCCGACCUGCCAGGCGGCGUGUCUGAGUGCCGUGAACUCCCACCAGCUCGGCGCCGCGUGCAGGGCCUCCCACGAGAUUGAGUUCUUCCGCUGCAUUCACAGAACCGAGGAGGGCGCUGGCUGCUGCGCCCGCACCCAGUCCUACCGGUGCCGUGCGUCCUGCGAGGCUGUCUUCACUGCCCGCACGCCCUCGCGCCGGCUCAGGCACCAGCUGACCAAGGACUGCCGCGCACACGCCCAUGUCACACGUUGCGCCCACGCCCUCAUGAAGACCACGCCCGCCCACCGCCCAGAGAGAAACUUGCACUGCUGCGCCGCCUCGGAGAUCGCCUCGUGCAGGGCCGCGUGCCGCGACGUGCUGAUGUCCGCGGCGCCGCAGCAGGACAUCCUGGAACAGCUGGAGGAGGCGUGCGGCACCAUGGACCUCACUAACGAAGUGUGGAAGUGCCUGUUUCAGCAGAGCGAGGCCGCGGACGGGGCCACCAGCCAGGAGGGCAGGCAGGUUUCACGCCUGGGCCGCCUGGGACUGGAUGCAGCCAAGCUCGGGUGCUGCCAGCGUGCAUCGUCUCCGGAGUGCAGCGCGCUGUGCCAACGUGCCUUUUCCCGGGAGUGGGGCCGCCCCUGGGAGGCCCUGCAGACCGCUUGCCUCUCCCAGCCGCGGGAGGCUUCUCUUCUAGCGUGCCUCUCAGAGUCGGACGUGCCCUGCCAGCAGGGCUGCUCGGGUCUUGCCUUCUGCACCAACUUCAACCACCGGCCCACGCAGCUAUUCCGCUCCUGCACCGCCCGUGCCGACGCCGCCGCGCGGGAAGACCUGCACCUGUGGCAGGAGAGUCAGCGGCUGAGUCUAUCAGGGCUGGCGGCCACCGUGCCUCUCCGCAGCGUGAUGGAGUGCCAGCCUGAGCUGUGGCGCGCCGUGGCGUGCGCCCUCCACUUGCAACCGUGCCACGUCUCUUCGCUCACUAACGCCAUCUGCUGGCAAGACUGCGUCAACCUGUUGUCCAGGUGUGUGGCAGACCCCAAGGGAGGGCCGGACGGGAGCAUGACGGCGGGGACGGUGUGUGGGGCCCUCAGUCCUCCCCCCGGCAGCCCAUGUGUCUCCCUGACGCCUUUCCUCACCCAGUCUGAGGUGCCCAACGAGGUGCCGUGGCGGGUCCCCACCUCGCCUUGCCGCCCCUUCCCCUGCCCCGACCGCCACGUGUGCACCGUCAACAGCGAGUGCCGCCCCGGCGAGGCGUGCCGCCCCUACCACUGUACGCCCGCCUGUACCAUGGGCGAGGUGUCCAGCGUCACGGUGCCUGUCGGAGCCUACAUCAGAGUGCACGCCAGGACGGGCGGGUCGAGUUGCGGCCAAGUGUGUGUGUGCGGGCGCGGUGGCGUGCUGAAGUCCUGCCGCUUCGUGCCCUGCGUCGACCCGGCACCCUGCUGGCUCGGCACUUCCAAAAUAGAGCACGACACAGAGGUAAUGAUGGGGUGCAGGGUGUGUGUCUGCCACGCUGGGGAGCUCUCCUGUCUGCCCCGUCCCGUGUGCCACGCCAGCAGUCUCCUCCGCGCCCUCCCACCGCUCACAGGCCUUGGCGCGGGAGCAGUGUCGCGGGGCCUGACCAGCAGGGACAGCAAGGUCCUGAAGCUUCCCUGCGGCUGCCCCGACCACUGGGUGCCCGUGUGCGCCAACAACGGCAGGUCCUUCCCCUCGGAGUGUCUGGCCAGGUGUGCCGGGGUGAGGGACGAGGAGUGGGUCGCCGGGGAGUGUGGGGCGCGUGACGGCUGUGACGGGGUGAGGUGUGACGGAGGGCAGGUGUGUGUGUCCGUCCCUAACACCUGUCUCACGCUGCCAGCCACGCCCUGCCCGCAACACAUCUGUGUACCUACGGAUGGUGGCUGCCCGGUCGAGGCGUCCAUCCCAGCCUGUGAUACUCGUGGCCACCAGUUUGACUCCCUCUGCGAUCUUGUCAGGGCCGGAGCCACCCUUCGUCACGUGGGUUCCUGCAGUACGCGUUGCUCAACCUCAGGGGAAGUGUGCGGGCGUGAUGGGCGUACGUGGGCGUCAGAGUGCCACGCCCACGCCAACAGAGUGCCAGUGGACUACGCGGGGCCGUGCAGGGGCGUGGGUGUGCCUGGGAGGGAAGGUUGCCCCGGAGUGGACUGCCCGAAACCCGCCGGCGUCUCCUCCUCCUCCUCCUCCUCGUCCUUUUCAUCCUUCACGUCUACCUCUGAGCAAGCAGGGUGCCUGGCGGGCGUGGCAGAGGCGGCGUGGUGCUGCGGGCGUGUAUGUGGAGGCGCACUUAGACUAGCGUGGUCGUCGCGUGCUGUGGAGGUCGUGGGGGUGUCAAUCCCUCACCCACGCCCAUUGACAGUCGCCGCGCUUCUUCACGCCCUCGCAGCAAACGUGGGGGUGUCAGAAUGUGAAGUGCGUGGACAUAUAACUCUCGACGGACACUUGCUGGUUCUCGUCACGCCCACGGCAGCUCACACGCCCAUUCCGCCGCCCUUAGUGUCCGAGGCGUGUAUGGUGGAGGCGGAGAGGCUGGUAGGGGUGGUGAGAGCAAGGUCCCCGAGGCUCAUGUCCACUUUGCCAGCCUCCGCUCUCACUUUGGCUGUCUCCGCUCACACUUCGUCAUCCGCAGCGUUAGUCCCGGUUGCUCAUUCCUCCCUGGCGCUCCUUCUUGUCCUCCUUCUCUCCAUGGUGGUCAGGGGCGUACGAGGGGAUGUCUGAGGGGUCUGAGGGGAGGUCUGUCGGGAGUUCUGUGGGGAGUGAGGGGAGGAAGGGUCAUGGUGAGGCAGGGGAGGAUAAGUUACCAGUUCGAUAUUCCGCACAUUGUCUCCCCUUCUCAAAAUGUUCUUUCUUUUUUCAGUGCUCGUGAUCUGAAGUGAAGAGUGGCGAAGUUCCUAUGUGUGUGUGUGUGUGUGUGUGUGUGUGUGUGUGUGUGUGUGGACGGUGGUGCUACUGAAGACGUGUUAUGUAGGGGACCACAAGCCGUCCUUAAAUGGUUAGCCAUCUACUUCCCCCUCCCCGGCUGCCACUCCAUCCAUCUACAGCUCCGCCAUCCCUCCAUCCUCCUCCUCCUCCUCCUCUUCCUCCUCCUCCUCCUCCUCCUUCUUCUUCUCCUCCUCCGUUUUCAAGUUCGAAUCCUCCUAAGCAGUUUCUUAAUGGAGUUUGAAACGCUUAACUGUCCAUCGAUACUUUUAAACUUUUUCUUUCCUUUUCUUUCGGGUUAUGAAAAUAUGGAUUCUGGAAGUUAAUCAGGGCUGGAUUUCAGUGUGUGGGGCUGGACGGGACUGUGUUGGUUUGCGUGGGUCUGGAGGGAGUUGGGAUGGUGUGGCGUGACGGGGUGAAGUGAUGGGGUGAGGUGGCGGGAGCUGAGUCGGGUGAGUGAGAGUUGAUGGGGUGGUGUGAUGGGAUUGUGUUGGGUGGGGUGUGGUGAUGGGGAGGAAAAGAUGUGGUGAAGGCGUUAAAGAUUCCAGGAAGGGGGUGAUGAGAAGCCUUAGAGAGAGAGAGAGAGAGAGAGAGAGAGAGAGAGAGAGAGAGAGGUUUACUCGUUUGCAGGGACACACGUUAUUAGUAUUAGCUUUACAUAAAUAGACAAGUACGUAUAUACACACCUACACACACCAGUAAAAACAAGAAACAAGCGACAGUUUAUGAUUUAUAGUGAAAAGCAUUAUAAAAAAGAGAAGAGUUGUUAUGAUAUAUAUUCCUAUUAACAAUUUUAGUCAAUAUACGGGAUGACUCACUGGCCAGUCACGUGCGGGUUUACUUAGAACAUAAUAAGGUGAAUAAUUUAACAUAUAUAUAUAUAUAUAUAUAUAUAUAUAUAUAUAUAUAUAUAUAUAUAUAUAUAUAUAUAUAUAUAUAUAUAUAUAUAUAUAUAUAUAUAUAUAUAUAUAUAUAUAUAUAUAUAAGACAUCAAACAGGAAAAAAUCAAACAAAUAUAUUCUGCCAAAAAGUCCAAACCCGUCUUUUAAGUUAUGUUUUCUCUUUAUUUUAUUCCUUCUCCCGUUCUUCCUUUUAUAUACAUGUAUAGAUAUAUUGUAUAAUAAAGUAUAUACCCUCUGA